UGCUCAUUUUAUUCUCCCCCUUCCAACUCCUUCAUUCCAGUUGGAAUUUUUUUUCAACUAAGUUUUCUUGGCUUGAGUUUCCAUUAUCCCAUCAUAUUCCUUCCCUGUUCUAGUCACAGAUUGCUUCUUCUUUAGGUGAAUUCUUGUAGGUUUUUCCUCUCUGGUGGAUCAUUUUCUUAGUUUCAAAAAUCUACUUGCUCUCUUCAAUAUUUUACAUUGUCCAAACCCCCCCAUCUUAGAUUUCUCAUUUUGAUUCAGGAAAUGCAUGUCCUGAUCUUUUCUGGGUUCCACUGAUCAACCCAAAAAAAUUAAAAAAAAAACAAAAAACAAAAUUCACUUCCCUGAGGAAAUCCUGAACACAAGUUACCCCCUUUAUUUCCCCCUUUGAAUUUCAAUUCCAAUUUCUUCCAAACAGCUUCAAAAUCUGAACUUUUUCAUAGUUUUGUCAUCUCUGUCUUCUGGGUAUUUUUUAUUUUUAUUUGUUUUUUGCUUUCAUGGGACUCUGUCAUGGAAAACCCAUUGAAACCUCAAAAACUGAAGGAGAAAACUCAGUAGUAUUCAAUGGUGACAAAGAGGUGCUGGCACUUCCACCAAGUUCCCACAGCACCAAAUCCUCAAAGUUUCCAUUUUACAGCCCUAGCCCCUUGCCAAGUCUCUUCAAGAACUCACCGGCGAAUUCGAGCGUGAGCUCAACCCCUUUGCGGAUCUUCAAGCGCCCCUUCCCUCCUCCUUCGCCGGCCAAGCACAUUCGGGCGCUGCUAGCUCGCCGCCAUGGUUCGGUGAAGCCUAAUGAGGCCUCCAUCCCUGAAGGGAGUGAGUGUGAGGUUGGGUUGGACAAGAGUUUUGGGUUCUCUAAGCACUUUGAAGCUCAUUAUGUGCUUGGACAAGAAGUGGGGCGUGGCCAUUUUGGUUACACUUGCUCUGCCAAGGGGAAAAAGGGUAGCUUCAAGGGCCAUGAGGUUGCUGUCAAAGUCAUUCCAAAAUCAAAGAUGACAACAGCAAUUGCUAUAGAGGAUGUAAGAAGAGAAGUAAAGAUAUUGCGGGCUCUCACUGGCCAUAAGAAUCUGGUGCAAUUUUAUGAAGCCUAUGAAGAUGACGAUAAUGUUUAUAUAGUUAUGGAGUUAUGCAAAGGAGGUGAACUGCUAGAUAAGAUUCUCUCCAGGGGUGGAAAGUACUCAGAAGAGGAUGCCAAGGUUGUUAUGAUUCAGAUAUUGAGUGUGGUAGCUUACUGUCAUCUGCAGGGCGUUGUUCACCGUGAUCUCAAGCCAGAGAAUUUUCUUUUUUCAUCUAAGGAAGAAAAUUCCACACUGAAAGCCAUUGAUUUUGGACUGUCUGACUAUGUAAAGCCAGAUGAGAGGUUGAAUGAUAUUGUGGGAAGUGCAUAUUAUGUAGCUCCUGAAGUUUUGCAUAGAUCUUAUGGGACAGAAGCAGAUAUGUGGAGCAUUGGUGUAAUUGCUUAUAUUCUUUUAUGUGGAAGCCGACCUUUUUGGGCCCGGACAGAAUCUGGCAUAUUUCGGGCUGUCCUGAAGGCAGAUCCAGGUUUUGAUGAAGCUCCUUGGCCUUCUUUAUCAGCUGAUGCUAUAGAUUUUGUAAAGAAGCUGUUGAAUAAGGAUUAUCGUAAAAGACUAACGGCAGCUCAGGCUCUCAGUCAUCCGUGGCUGGCAAAUCAUUGUGAUGAUACGAAGAUACCUUUUGAUAUGAUAAUCCACAAGCUUGUUAAAGCUUAUAUUUGCUCAUCUUCUUUACGCAAAUCAGCAUUAGGGGCUCUUGCAAAGACAUUAACAUUAGCGCAGCUAGCUUAUCUCAGAGAACAAUUUACUAUAUUAGGCCCAAACAAAAAUGGGUUAAUCUCUAUGCAGAACUUCAAGACGGCUGUUUUAAGGAGCGCCACUGAUGCCUCAAAGGAUUCACGGGUCCUAGAUUAUGUGAACAUGGUUAGUUCAAUCCAAUAUCGAAAAUUGGAUUUUGAGGAAUUUUGUGCUGCUGCUAUAAGUGUCCAUCAACUAGAGGGAAUGGAGAGCUGGGAGCAACAUGCAAGGCGUGCCUAUGAUGUGUUUGAAAAGGAUGGAAAUAGACCAAUUAUGAUUGAAGAGCUUGCCUCGGAACUUGGGCUUAGCCCAUCAGUACCUAUUCAUCUUGUUCUCCAGGAUUGGAUAAGACACUCAGAUGGGAAGCUUAGUUUCUUGGGGUUUGUCAGACUUCUGCAUGGAGUUUCUUCUCGUGUAGUUCAGAAGGCUUGAGAGAGAGAAAAAAAACACAUGAUUGCUAUAUUGUUUUUUCUUGCCCUUAUUGAUCAUAAAAUCUUUUGAUGGGAUUUGAAUGCAUGAAAUCUUAUGAGCAAACUUCAACAACAGAUCUCUUCAUCUUGAUUGAAAAGAUGGCUUCAGCAAGCCAAAAGCUGUAGUUUGAUGGGAGUUUGUUGCCCAUGAAGCUAUAAGCAACAUCUCCUGUUAUUAAGCACCCUCUUCAAGAAUUCUACAAACACAAAACACUUUCCCCCACCCUGUUUCUUAUUCUCUAUAAGGUUGGUGCUGCUGGAGUUAAGAGGCUUGUACAGAGAUGAAAGUAGAGCACAGAUUGUACGUAGGACUAGUGGAACUCCUAAAAAAUGAGUUAUGUUUUCGGGUUUAUCCCUUGUGUACCCCAUGUCACUUAUCAAUAAACUCUUUCCAACUAUGUGAA